UUGGUAAGUCAUUGCAAUGUAUAUUCUCACAGUGCGUUUCAGGCUCUGCUUACCACAUCAGCUAAGAUGGUGAAGAUCUUCAUCGGAAACCUGCCUCAACAGGCAGAAGCAGAAGAAAUUAAGGCUCUGUUUACUCAAUAUGGAACGGUCACUGAGUGUGCCAUUAUCAAAAACUUUGCCUUUGUCCAUAUGGACGAUCGCAAAAGUGCAACAAAGGCCAUCCGAAACCUUCAUUUGUACAAGCUGCAUGGAACACCCAUCAAUGUUGAAGCGAGUCGAGGCAAGAACCAGGGUCCGGUGAAGCUUCACGUUGCCAAUGUGGAGAAAGGAACCGAUGAAGAGCUCCGUGCGCUGUUCGAAGAGUACGGCUCAGUUACCGAAUGCGCCAUCAUCAAGAACUUUGCCUUUGUACACAUGAGCAACUCUGAUGAGGCCAUGGAUUCAAUCAAGGGGUUGGACAACUCCGAAUUCCAAGGAAAACGAAUUCAUGUGCAGAUUUCAAAGAGUCGACCAAGAGGCGAGGAGGAGGAAGGCUAUGGCCCCCCAGAUGGUGGAUAUUGGCCACCCCGUUUCCCUGAACGGCCCGAGCCCCCUGGUUAUCCUAGGGGACGCUUUGGGUACCCCCCUGGACCCCCUCCUCCACCACCCCCUCCCCCCAGACGCCCCCCAUAUGCAGAGCGUCCAGCACCAGCAUACGAGCGCGAACGUGGUGUGGUCGACUAUUACGAGAAGUACCGCGCUCGCCCUUACGGCGUCUCCUCGUACGACGACCGUCGUGCGGGUGCCAUCCCCCCUCCCCCUCCGCCCCCCUCAUCUGCCAUUAUGAGAGAGCGACUGGCUGGUAACGGCCUCGACCCCUAUGAGCGACGUCCCCUCCCACCCCCGCCAUCCUCGUUCUAUGCACGAGACCGCAGUCCCAUCAGACGUGCUCCUCCUGCCCCACCGGCACCCGCCGGGAAUGGUUACUCGUACGAGCGAUCUCGUCUCUCCCCUCUCUCCAUGUCUCGGACCCCGAUGUACAGCAUGCCUCGGCCCAGAGACCCCUAUGCUGACAGGGCGGCGCCACCUCCACCUCCUGCGCGCUACUCGUAUUAAAGUGCACCCCUGCGCUUUCGUAACCCAAGGUGAGAAUAGGUCCCGCAACCCAAAAAUGAGCUCUAAAAUGCCCUCUUAAUGUAGAACCCAGAAUUUACGUACUUGGCCUGUUGUGCGUGUGGUGUAAUUGAUGCGCAAGUAGCAGUAGCGUAAACUUUGUAUCAAAGUGCCUGGAUCGUAAGUUUUUAAUGGCAUUACUGUCUUUUUAAAGUACUGCUCGAGCAACACUGAACUUCGUAUCGAAGUGUUUAGAUUGACCGUAUGCUAUAUUAAGAUCUCACUUCGCAUAAUUCAAAUAGACUGCAUAAUAAAUCCUUUUUAGUUUUAACUUGGCUUGUCGAUUCAGUAAUGCCAGAUGGCACUACAGACGUUUGACUCAUGUGGUUUGCUUUCUUUCCAGGUGUAAAUUAUUCAACAAGAUCGUCGUCGUCGUUGUCUCCAGGUGCACGUGCCGCGAUACGUCUUUGUCUGCCAGAGCGCGUUUCGUUCGCCUGCGCACCAUAGUGGAAGAGUUCUGUUGCGGACUGCACAUUCUAUAAAACCGCUUUUACACGCUUAAAAUCGUCAUGCUAAAUUGUCAACUCUGCUUUUUUUCCUUGUUUUUAUUGUUUAACAUUUUGAUGGGUGAGUAAAGCACUGAGCCAGAUUACAUAAAUUAGGUUAACUUGGUGGUUUGGUUAAGACUUAAAGGAACGCAUAUAAAAAAUCUUCUUUCAAAGAACUUCAAUGUAUCACUGUACUUUUUUUAUCUUUAAAAUUUGGAAUGAUCUUAUCGUUUGUUAUUAAACUACUGUAACAAGCGCUAUGACAAUUUUGAUUUAGAACCAAAAAUACAUUUGUGUAAAGGUUUUUAUUUUAAUUUUUUCCUCUUCUCUAAGCCUUUUGUUUAAAGUGCGGCAUGCAAGUAAGAAUACAAUCUCCGCAGCAAUAAAAACCUUUACGUCUACUGCCUUUAUUGAAAUUGUUCUGUAGUGUGCAUUUUAAUUGCAGAGAAUCGCAGUUCAAGGACUUUGUAUCAUUUUCUUUCAUAGAAACAUUUGAAUUUUAAUAAAAAUACUGGAACCUG